AUGUUUGAAAUUACAGUAUUGAUUGGAGCAGAUUACUAUUGGCAGUUUAUUGAAGACAAAAUCAUCGGCGGAGAUGGCCCUACUGCUGUUAAAUCGAAGCUAGGUUAUCUUUUAUCCGGUCCGUUAAAGGAGUCGGCUACACACUCACUGUCAGUACUAAACAUGCUUAUUUCGCAUAAGACCGAGGAGUUCGACAUCGCAUCAUUCUGGAACUUAGAAUCAAUGGGAAUAAACUCUAAAGAAUUAGACCAAGAGAAUGAAGAUUACUUAAACACGUAUCAGAACACUUGCAUUGAAUUUCAAGGCGGACAAUAUAUCGCAAAAUUACCAUGGAAACGAGAACAUGAUCAACUUCCGACAAAUUUUAGUAUUGCAAAACGAAGAACUGAAUCUGUAAUCAGAAGGCUAGACAGGGAACCAGAUAUGUUGAAAACGUAUGACGAUAUUAUAAAGAACCAAGAGCUUAAAGGUUUCAUUGAAAAAAUCGAGGAUGAAGAAUGUGACGACAAGACAGUGCAUUAUAUACCGCACCACCCAGUUAGGAAAGAUUCGUUGACCACACCAAUUCGCAUUGUUUACGAUUGUAGUUGUAGACAAUCUGAUCAGUACCCGAGCUUGAACGACUGUCUAAUGAAUACACCACCCGUUCUUAAUGACUUGACAAAACUAUUAUUGCGUUUCCGAUUAAACGCCAUCGCAAUUUCAACGGAUAUCGAAAAGGCAUUCUUACACGUAGGUUUACACGAACAUGACAGAGAUGCGACAAGAUUUUUGUGGAUGUCUGAUGCAGAAAACAUAAACAGUAAAUUGGUGACAUAUCGUUUUAAGUCUGUUCUUUUUGGCGCUACAUGCUCCCCUUUUAUUCUGAGCGCAACACUACUCAAACAUGUGCAGACUCAAGGAAAGAAUAGUGACACAGCUAAAAUGAUUGAACAAGACAUUUAUGUUGAUAAUAUUAUAUCUAGCGUAAGUAACGAGAACAAAGCCGUACAGUAUUACAAAGAAGCUAGGGAAUUAAUGACAAAAGGUGGAUUUAAUCUCCGAUCGUGGACAUCAAACAGUCAGCUUUUACGGACAAUAGCAUGCGCUGAUAAAAUACUUGACAAGGACACCAAACCGAAAGUACUAGGAAUGCGUUGGGAUGUACAAAAAGACAAACUUUAUUUCGCACAACCUGAAAUUCACUUAACAGCGGAAACAGAUAUCACUAAACGAGAGAUAUUGAAGCAAUCAUCGAAAAUAUAUGACCCAUUAGGCCUCUUGAGUCCAAUCACAAUCAGAGCAAAAUUAUUUCUCCAAGAACUUUGGCGCGAAAACUACGAAUGGGAUGAGAUUUUACCUACAAAGUUAUGUGAAACAUGGAUUGACAUUGCAACAAACAUUCAAAAGAGUAUCAAGACUGCUUUUCCGAGACGUUAUUUUACCGGUACACAAAACGAAACCACAUCGUUAACACUACACGUAUUUUCUGAUGCCAGCUUGAAAGCUUACGGCUCCGUAGCCUAUCUUUGCAACGGGAACGAAUCCAAAUUGAUUAUGGCGAAAACAAGAGUAGCUCCGGUUAAAAGUUUAACACUACUGCAGUUAGAGUUAAUGGCAGCUGUAAUUGGUGCGAGACUUACACAACACAUUUUAUCCACAUUUACCAACAUUAGCAACGUAGAGUUAUGGUCUGACAGUCAAAUAGUAUUGCAUUGGCUGAUGUCAAAGAAACCACUAAAACGAUUCAUUGCAAACAGAGUAACUGAAAUUAACGAAUUAACAAGACCCUAUAGAUGGCGAUACUGUCCGACAGAUCAAAAUCCAGCUGACAUACUUACACGCGGAAUAACGGCCACACAAUAUACAGAAAGCAUGCUGUGGAGGCAUGGUCCAUCAUGGAUAAUAGAUACAACAAAACGUCCGGUUCAUACGAUUGAAGAUAACUCUGUACUAUCUACAUUAACUGAUAACGUUGAUGUCCAGCAACCAACACUAGAGAAUAGAACAAAAGGAAUUCACGAUUUGGUGGAAAUUGAACGAUUCUCUUCAUACAAAAAACUAUUACGAACGACGGCAUAUGUAUUACGUUUUAUUCAAAACUGUAGAAUAUCAAAGGAAGACAGAACAUUUGGUUCAUGUGAUGUAAAAGAAAUACAGAAGUCUGCACAAUUUUGGAUUAGGUCAUGCCAAAUAUUAAACUACCCGGAGGAAUACGACACGCUAGUAAAAGGAGACCGUACAAAGAAUUUAUCUAGGAUUCGUCAGUUGAAUUUAUUUUUGGAUCAGAAUAACAUUAUCCGAUGUAAAGGAAGGAUAGAGAAUGCACCGAUUCCCGAGUCCGCCAAAUUUCCUAUUUUGUUACCAGCAAACACACAGCUAACAACGUUGAUAGUGCGAGAUGCACACGAGAAUUUACUACACUCAGGAACUAGUAGUGUCAUAUCGCAUAUACGUCAAAACUUUUGGAUACCGUGUAUUCGUCAAUUUGUUAAUAAGAUUUUACGUAAAUGUACUGCAUGUCUUAAAGUAAAUGGAACUUCGUAUAAGGCUCCCGAUCCGCCGCCUUUACCCAAAGCACGUCUUCAAGAUGCACCGCCAUUCACUGUGACCGGUAUUGACUUUACAGGAGCACUACAUGUAAGGGAUGAACACAAAAAUAUAACGAAGGCAUACGUGUGCUUAUUUACAUGUGCGUCAACAAGAGGAGUACAUUUAGAGGUUUUACCGAAUUUAUCAGCAGAAUGUUUUAUGCAAGCUUUUCGCCGUUUCACAAGUCGCAGGUCUACACCGAAAGUUGUUAUAACGGACAAUGCUCUGACCUUUGUUGCAGCUUCAAAAGAAAUCAAACAAAUAAUUGAAUCGCAAAAUGUACAAAGUAAAAUCGCAGAAUUAGGUGUACAGUGGAGAUUUAUUCCGAAUCGUGCUCCCUGGUAUGGUGGAUUUUGGGAGAGACUAAUAGCAGUAACUAAAACUACGUUAAAAAAAGUCCUCGGAAAAUCAUUGGUCGAUUUUCAAACCUUGUGCACUAUUGUUACGGAAGUAGAAAGUGUAAUGAACGACAGACCACUAACAUACACCUCAACGAAUAUCAACGACAGUGAACCACUUACUCCAUCGCACCUCUUAUGUGGUAGAAAAAUAAGAUCGUUAUCUUAUCCACAUUCAGAACAGGACAACAGUGAACCCGUGUUUAUGGACUAUUCAUCACUUACAAAACAAAAUGAACGACAACGAGAAUUAUUCAGACACUUUUGGACAAGAUGGAAAAAUGACUAUGUAACAUCAUUGAGGGAAUACCACAAAGCAUAUGGAAACAACAAUGAACAAAUUAAAGUUGGCGACGUUGUUCUUGUGCACGAUGAGUCAACGAGAAUCAAUUGGAAAAUGGCCAUUGUAACUGAACUAAUUCGAGGAAACGAUGGAUUUGUGCGUGCCGCUAAAAUAAAGAUGAAGAAUACCGAAACUACAAGGCCGAUAGUGAAACUAUAUCCGCUCGAAAUUACAUGUAAUUCGGAGAAAGAUGAUACAUGUGAACAAAGCACCACACAAGACAUUCGUCCAAGACGUCAAGCAAGUGUAAAGGCUGGUGAAAGAAUCCGUAAUUGGUUGAAUCUGCCUUCAAAUCGAGAUGAUAAAGAACGGAUGUGA